UUCAUACACAAGGAAUGCGAGUGUUGUUCUAUGGGACGAACACACGCAAAGACGCAGUUUAGGUAAACGCAUAUAAAAGUGCUAGUAGUACAUAAUGCUACCGUCUUGACGUUGUUGUUUGUUAAUCUAAUUAAAGGAAAAUCAUUACUUAUUAGCAGCAGCAGCAGCAGCUGGCAGCAUACAGUAGUCGUUGUGGACUCUGGACUGUGGAGCAAUCAAUCGCAGAAAGAAAAGGUGCGUGCGUGGGAAUGGCAGCCCUAAUUUACCAGAUAUUCUCAUCGUCGGCACUGGUGUCGCAAGGGCUUUACCACCUUAUCUGCACCACCAAGAACCACCUCAAGUCCCCCCGGGAUUAUGUCGCCAAACCCUACCAUCCCUUCCCCACCACCACCCACCACCACCAUCCCCCCCACCGAUUCCUCAAGCAUUUGCAGCUCUAUCUCCUCAUCCUCUGCCUCUUCAUCGCCCUUCUCCACCACCUCAUCGUCUCCUCCUACGCCGAUCCCCUCCUCAAGGGCCGCACUCCUGUCCACCUUUUCACAUCUCUCCAGGCCGCUGCCAUACUCUUCUCCUUCUUUCUCCUCUCCCUUGCCCUCCUCCUCUCUGAUGCCACCACCCUCCUCCCUCUUCCGCCCGAUCUUUUUUUCGCCCUUGCCUCCGCCCUCUUCUUCCUCCAGUACUCGCUCUCCUCCUCCUCCGCCGCCGUUCAGACCUCAGAUCUUCAGGCCAAGUGCGACUCAAUCUCUGCCCGCAUCUCCGCCCUCUCCUCCGCCUUAUGCCUGGCACUCGCGUGCCAGCCCAGGCUGUUUGUGGCUGAUGUUGCGCUUGGCGCCUCCUUCUGCUUGCAGGGACUCUGGGCUUUGCAGACCGGACUCUCUCUCUAUGUCGACGCCUUCAUUCCCGAGGGCUGCCACAAGCUGCUAGACGUGGUCAGCGGGGUUGAGGGAUCCACCAAGUGUGAUUUAGAAGACUCCAAGCUCAGGGCCGUGGCCAUCCUCGAUCUGGUUUUUGUUCUUCACGUCCUUUUUGUGCUCCUCAUCUUCUUCGUGGUCUACAGUGCUAUCGCCAAGACAUUGGGUUCCCGCAGCAGAUUCGGAUCCUAUGAAGCCUUGCCCAAUACGGCCGUUGAUUCCAAUCACAUACAGUUGAAGGCUAUGACUGGCACUCAGGCCUAAUCACUUUCAUCAUUCUGGCUUGCUUGUUGCUGACACUAUUAGUGUAUCUAUGGUUCUAGGAGGACAAGAAGCAUAGAUUUUUCUACCUUGUUUGCUAGGAAGAACAAGAGAGAAGGAAUGGGGAAGGAGAUACAAAUUGUAAGAAGAGGAAAACUGAUUUACGCCUGUUUUCAAUAUAUAAGGCAUAUCUUGUCUAAAUCUUAUUGAAAUGAGAUAUUUCAGUAUACAGCAGCUCUAUUCAUGCAAGAUAUCCAAUGAUAUAAGGAGUUGACUGUUAGCUUAUGAUACAGUAACCAGAAAAGCUUAUAUGCAGGUUACGUCUUAAGAAUUUGCUUAAUUACAUUGACUUAAUUCAUUUGGUAUCUUUCGUAUGAGUCAGCUUCUAGAUGUGGGAGUAUAACAGGCAGGGUGAUGCAAGGUAGGUAAGGCAAUAGCAUUUUUCUUAAUUGUUCCCAUUAUUAUUGUUUGCAAAUAGGUUCUUUGCUCAGUUGAAAUUUAGGAUUUAGAGCGACUGGAUGGUUGUAGGAACCUUAUUUUAGAUUCAAUCUAAUGGGUAUCUCCUGUUGGUUUUCUCAUAUGGAUUGUACAUGAUUUGAAGGAUUGGUCCAUUCUGAACCUCUGCUUAUAUUUUCCGCUGACAUAUAUGUAACUGCCCUGACAUUGUUGGCUUUA